AUGACUCCCAAACCGUCGGCUAAGAAGAGGAGACUUAUUAGUCCCCAGCUCCCCAACCUUGAAUUUACCGAUGAAACUAGUAAAGACAGCUCUCGGCAAGUCCCUUCUACAACAACUUCUCAAUCUAAUCAAGACAAUUCUACAUCUAAUGCACCCAAUCGAGUGUCUCAAGCCCAUACUGAUGCCAAACUUGAUGAGCUGACAAAGAAUAAGGAGAAGGAGAAGGAAAAGAAGAGGUAUGAGAGGAAGGAGAUGAAGAAGAUGAAGGAGGAUGAGGAGAGGAAGGAGAUGAAGAAGAGGAAGGAGGAUGAGGAGAGGAAGGAGGAUGAGAAGAGGAAGGAGAUGAAGAAGAGGAAGGAGGAUGAGGAGAGGAAAGAGAUGAAGAAGAAGAAGGAGGAGAGGAAGGAGUGA